GGGCGUGUCGGGACUUGUAGUCUGUGAUGGCGUAGCCGUGCUGGGUAUUUGUAUGAGGAGGUGUGCAGGUUGUCUUACGGUGCAUGGAAAAGAAAUCUCAAAAUGGAUGAAAAGCCUCGGAGUUUGCUGCUCCAAAAUAGGGCAGCGCUGGUAAAAGACAUACGAACACCAUACAUCAUGGACCACAUGAUAAACGAUGGUGUCCUAACUGUGCAAGAGGAGGCCAAAGUAAAGGCACAGGCCACUGCAGUGGAUCGUGCAAAUCAUCUUAUUAAUCUAAUCCUUAACAAAGACAAUCGUGCCUACGUUUCAUUUUUCAAUGCCCUACUUCAUGAAGGAUACAGAGACCUUGCCGCCCGUCUGAAAGAUGCCACCAGCAUUGAGUGUUCUGACGAUGGGAAGAAAUCUUCUAAUGGCAUCACUUCAUAUGUUAAAACCAAGCUUUGUGAAGGUGGCGUGCCUCAGAGACCUCUUGUGUUUGUCUCUCGUCCGGAACUGGUUAAUGACAUCCAGCGAAGUUUGUACAACGUGAAGAAUGAACCUGGCUGGGUGACUGUCUUUGGGAUGGCCGGCUGUGGAAAGUCUGUGUUGGCAGCGGAAGCACUCAGGGAUCAUUCGAUCUUGAAAGACUGUUUUCCUGGAGGUGUUCACUGGAUCGCUAUUGGUAAACAAGACAAAGCAGGACUUCUGAUGAAGCUUCAGAAUCUAUGCACACGUCUGGAUCAGGAUUUGAAGUAUUUGCAGAGACCCCCACUAAACAUCGAGGAGGCCAGAGACAGGCUUCGGGUGCUAGUUAUGCAAAUGUAUCCCAGGUGCCUUUUAAUCCUCGAUGAUAUUUGGGAUUCCUGGGUACUCAAAGCAUUUGAUAUUCAGUGCCGAAUUCUCAUCACAAGCAGAGACCGCAGUGUGACUGAGGCCGUUUCUGGAAACAAAUACUUUGUACCAGUGAGCAGUGAACUGGAGAACACCAAAGGGCUGGAAAUUCUGUCUCUGUUUGUAGAUGCUCCUGUGGACAUGCUCCCACAAGAAGCCCAUAGUAUUAUUAAGGAGUCCAAAGGGUCACCUCUUGUAGUAUCGUUGAUAGGAGCACUUUUGAGAGAAUUUCCUAACCGCUGGGCCUUCUACCUCAAACAACUCCAGCGAAAGCAAUUUAAAAGAAUCAGGAAAUCCUCCUCGUAUGAUUACGAGGCUCUUGAUGAGGCAAUGUCCAUAAGUGUGGACAUGCUGAAAGAAAACCUCAAAGACUACUACAAAGACUUCUCCAUUAUAGGAAAGGAUGUGAAAGUGCCCACUCAGGUGCUGUGUAUACUGUGGGACAUGGAGAGAGAAGAUGUAGAAGAUAUACUACAGGAGUUUGUCAACAAGUCCUUAUUAUACUGUGAUCGUAAUGGAAAAUCCUUCUUAUACUAUUUACACGACCUUCAGUUGGAUUUCCUUACAGAAAGAAACAGAGACCAGCUUCCUGAACUGCAUUUGAAACUUGUUGGCCAGUAUAAGAAACAUUAUCCAAAUAUUAUGCCCUCUUUGGAUCAAGAGGAUUGUGCCUAUUGGUACCACUACCUGGCCUUUCACAUGGCACAGGCUAACAUGCGUCAGGAUCUCGCUUCGCUCUUAUUUUCUCUGAAUUGGUUGAAAGCCAAAACGACAUUAUUUGGCCCAGCUCAUCUCAUUCAUGAGCUUGUCAAUUACAGGGACAUUUUAGACACGCAGGACAGCAAAGCGCGUGAACAUUUCCAUGAAUUUCUGUCUGCAAAUGGCCACCUCCUAGGAAAAAAUCCAACUGUAAAUGUUGUCCAGUUGGGUUUGUGUCAGCCGCAGGAUUCUGAAGUCUUCCGACAGUCACUCCAGCAAGCCAAAGAGGAUCUCAGAUAUGGAGCUUUCUAUGUCAACUGGGUAAACAAAGCAAGCAUGAACAAUCUUCCUACUUUGACAGUCCGUCCACAUACAGAAGCUGUUUAUCAUGCAUGCUUUUCCCCUGAUGGACAGAGAAUAGCCUGUUGUGGAGCUGACAAAACAUUACAGGUUUUUAAAAAAGAGACAGGGGAGAAACUUCUUCAAGUUAAAGCCCAUGAUGAUGAAGUACUGUGCUGUGCAUUCUCUGCUAAUGAUAUGUUUAUUGCCACCUGCUCAGCAGACAAGAAAGUAAAGAUAUGGAACUCGCGGACAGGUCAACUCAUACAGCAAUAUGAGGAACAUACAGAACGGGUCAGCUGUUGCCAGUUCACAAACGGGAUGUCACCGUGUCUCCUGGCCACCUGUUCUCAUGAUGGUUUAGUCAAGCUUUGGGAUUUUAAUAAGAUAUAUUGCCAGAACACACUCUUUGGUCAUUCGGGUUACGUCAACCAUUGCAGAUUUUCCCCUGAUGAUCAGUUUUUGGCCAGUUGCUCAAUGGAUGGCACCUUAAAGAUUUGGGAUGUAACCUCUGCUAACGAGCACCAGACCAUCGAUGUUAAAACAUAUCACCAUACUAAUGAUGAAUCGCAGUUGCUGCUCCAAUGUUGCUGUUGGUCGAAUGAUUGCAGGAAAGUUUUGGUGACUGUUCGAAAUUUUUUGUAUAUAUUUAAUGUGGACACAAGUGACCUUCUGUCUAAAGUGGAAACAUAUCAUCAAAACAUAAUCCUGUACUGUGACUUUUCUAAAACAGAGCCAUAUGUAGCAAUAGCUUUAUCACACUAUGUCAUCCAGAUAUGGGAUAUAGACUCCAAUACAAAACUAGCUGACUUCAAUGCUCAUUUCAGCUGGGUGCAUUGUGUGGCCUUUUCUCCAGAAGGAUCCUCAUUCCUGACAUCAUCCGAUGACCAGAUUGUGAAGCUCUGGGAAACAAAUAAAGUAUGCAAGCCGUCCAGUACAAUCUUGCAGCAAGAAUACGAUGUGGCAUUCACUGGCCAGGAUGUCCUGGUACUUGCCCCUGACAAAGAGCAGAGAUUACUUCUAAUAAAUGGGAAGAAUGGAGACGUUGUGUUUGAGAGCAGUGCCCCGGAGGUGUGUGUGACGUGCUGCUGCCUCAGUAGUGACCAGCAGUUGGCAGCCUUUGGAGAGGAAAAUGGAGCCGUGAAGGUUUUGGAACUGUCCGGUGGCAAAGUCCUUCACCACCUUGAGGGUCAUAGUCUUACCGUACAGCACUGCCAGUUCACAGCAGACGGAAGACACCUCGUUUCUUGCUCAGAUGAUUCUACUAUCAGGGUCUGGGACCUGGUGUCGGGACACAGCGCUCUUUUAGAAGGACACAAAGAAGCUGUGAAGUGUUUUAGAAUUCUGAAGGAUUCCAAGCUGUUUUCCUGGUCUUUUGAUGGGACAGUGAAGAUAUGGGAUCUGGCUACUGGGCACAAGGAGCAAGAUUUUCAUUGCCACACCGGGACAAUUCUCUCUUGUGAUAUUUCUCCAGACAAUACCAAGUUUUCAUCUACAUCUGUCAACAGCGAUGCAAAGAUAUGGAGUUUUACCGAAUCAUCUCCUCUCCAUGUACUGAACGGACACAAAACCUGUGUAAGAUGCUGCAGUUUCUCACCGGAUAACAAAUAUUUAGCCACUGGGGAUGAUCAUGGUGAAAUUAUGAUUUGGAGCGUACAAAGUGGGGAGCUCCUCCGACAGUGUUGUGAAAUCUCCAUGCAAAAUGAUGACGGAUGGGUGACUGAUAUUCACUUCUCUCCUGAUUGUAAACUGAUUGUGUCCACUGGAGCAUACGUCAAAUGGUGGGAUGUAGACACCGGAGCCUGCAAACAGACGUUCUACACAAAUGGCACAAAUCUCAAGUCAAUACAUUUGUGUUCUACUUUUAGAACUUUUGUAACCAUCGACAAUCUUGGAAUUCUGUAUGUGCUUCAGCUGGUAGAGUGACAAUGACGCGCAGUGUGCAUUAAAUAUGUCAUGCCAUUAGGUUCUUUCAUAAUCUACUGUGUAUGACAGGAAGCAAACUGUGUGUAAACCUACAGGGAUCUUGCUCAGAUCUUGUUUCGAGCAGCUCUUAAAUACGGCAUGCUGGGUUUUUUAAUUGCUACUUCGUGGUAGGUGGAGCAGAGUAUGAUUGAACGUCUCUCCUAAUCAAAAAUCCAAAUACAGCAUCUUAAAUAGCAGUGCAAUAAAAGGGAACACAAUGUAUGCAUGUAACAUAAAUAGCAGCCAUUUUUAUACCUGGUGCUGUCCUUAUGUACCAAUACUUGCAUGUGUCAUACAGACGCGUGUUUUGUAUAUGGUAAAAAAAAAAAUAU